AUGGGCAUGAUUCCAGGAGUCAACCAUUUUGCGACAGCAACGACGACGACGAUAUGGCAAAAUCAUGACACGAGGAUGGGAUUCAAGGAGCUCCGGAGAGCAUCGCCAUGUUCAUCGCUACGCCAGCUAUAUAUCGAAUCUCAGCGCGGGAACUGCGGAGAUAGGUAUACGCCAACUUUACGUCGUGUCAAGAGUUUUUACAAUCCACCUAAGGACUUUGCACUUGUUUUCGCAAUGUCGUUUUUGAAUCAUAAAGAUUCGAUGGUCGAGGUAAAAAUUGAUACGUCAAAUUUCGUGAUUACAGUUGAGGUCCCAUUGCGAAUACAUAAUCCUUACCAUGUAUCUUUUCUUACACAAAAACACCGCAUCUUGAGAGACUUGGAUCUUGCAGAAGACGGGCCAUUUACGACCAUGGGCGGGAAUGCCGCAUCUACUCUCGCUGAAAAUAAAAUGCAGUAUCGGUCAAAUUCGGGUAAAAUGAUGGAUGAUAUUGCGGGUGAGGAUAGGCUAGAUGAAGGUGUCUCUGAAAAACGAUGUGGCCGUUCAGGCUGUCCCAAUCGAUUCAAAAAAGAUGGUUUCAGUUGCAAGGAAUGCCAGUCGAAGAUGUACUGCAGUAAAGUAUGCGCAGAGAGACAUUGGCCGGAACACAAACUUACUUGCGAGCAUCUUAACUAUGUUCUGAGCAUCGACAUGUAUCUCCAGAGACAUCACGACAAUCGGCCUGGUCGUAUCAUGUCCUGUCCAGCAAGAGCCACCUUUGAGGACUUUUACCAAGCACUCAGCCUCUCCGUGCCUUGUUUUCAACCUAUAUACCGCUUUGACAUUUUUGACAGGAGCCAGAUGAAUGGUCCAAUUAACCAUUAUCCACGACCUGAAAAGAUUAUCACGGGACCGAACCUGAACUCUAAUAUAUCAGAUCGUCACCAUGAUCUACUACCAUUACUAGAAGACAGUCGACGGAUAUCCCUUAUUGAUAUUUUAUGCGAACGCCCAUAUGAACAGAGCCAAAAGAUUAUUCAUUACACAUGUCGAGACCCCAGGAGUCAGAAAUACUGGCAGUAUAUGAUCUUAUUCAUGGAAAGAGCACCAAUCUCUCCAUUUCUGAUUAUUUGGAGUGGUGCUUCUCGAUGUAUAGAGGAUUAUGGUAAAGGCCAAAAUUGUGUGACCUUGAGACUUGCAUAUGAAGCCUCUGAGCCGACGGAAGAACAGAGAAAGUUGCUGUCUUGGUACGAAUCAAUCGAAGACUCGAAGGCUAGCAGAGAAGGAACCAACCAAGCUCUGAGCCGUAUCCGAACUUCCAUGCGUCCCUCCAAUAUCCAUUCUUCCUAUAACGAAGCAGAAAGCUUUCCCUAG